AUUCGACAACCCUCGCGACAACCGGGUAAUACGCAGCCAUGGCCCCCGUUCCUCCCGUCUACUCCAAGACCUAUAGCGUCCCCCGUCGUCCUUUCGAGUCCGCUCGUCUUGACUCGGAACUGAAGAUUGUCGGCGAGUACGGUCUUCGCAACAAGCGCGAGGUCUGGCGUGUCCAGUUUACCCUCUCCAAGAUUCGUCGUGCUGCUCGUGAGCUUCUCACCCUUGACGAGAAGGACCCCAAGCGUCUGUUCGAGGGCAAUGCCUUGAUUCGUCGUCUGGUCCGCAUCGGUGUGCUCGAUGAGUCCCGUAUGAAGCUCGAUUACGUCUUGGCCCUCCGUAUUGAGGACUUCUUGGAGCGUCGUCUCCAGACUUGCGUCUACAAGCUCGGUCUUGCCAAGUCCAUCCACCACGCUCGUGUUCUUAUCAAGCAGCGCCACAUUCGUGUCGGCAAGCAGAUUGUCAACGUGCCCUCUUUCAUGGUCCGCUUGGACUCUCAGAAGCACAUUGACUUCGCUCUUACCUCGCCCUACGGUGGUGGCCGCCCUGGCCGUGUUGCCCGCAAGAAGGCUCGUGCUGCCCAGGGUGGUGAUGACGAGGAAGGUGAAGAAGAGGAGGAGUAAAUUAAAAUUCUGGAGUACGGAUUGGUUUCAUUUCCGCGAAAUAGGGGGUUUCAUUGCCACUGCAGUGUAAUAUACCUGUCGUAUGAUGAUGAAAUUCGACGAAUCAAAAAAUCGCCAACCUGUUUGGCUUCCUUGAUGUUAACCUACUCCCAUCUAAGACGUUUUGCCGAACAUGUAUAUCUAAACACCAGUUCCCCGUAGUCCCCUCGUUCUGUCAUAAAACCGCAGAGAAGCAUAUAUACCAUCUCAUCCUUUUACCUCGGUCAGCUUUUUCAGCGUUUCUUCCGCACUUCGGUACCAUCGCCCUGUCUCCUCGAGACCAUCACUCUCGCCCUCCUGUUUCUUUCUCUGGGCCUCGCGUGCCUGCGCUGUUGCCUCAACCUUCCUCCUUUCUAGAGCAUGUAGUUCUCGCUCCAUGGCCUCGGCUUCUCUUGUCUUCCGAGGGAGGCUGUUCUGCAGUGUAGCUAGCUGACGGUUUAGUGCAGCAAGCUCGGCCUCUCGCUCGGACAACAGAGACAAAGUCGCGGGGAGAGUGAGAUUCUGCGAAGAUGAAAGAUUGCUAGAACUGGAUGUGUCCAUGUUUGCCACCUGCUUUGCGCGCAAGGAAGCAAUUGUUGAGUCGAGGUUCGCAAUCGAC